GCAUCCACGAUUAGCAUCGACUGUAACAGCGAUGAACAGCGUCCCGUGUCACUGCAGUGUUCAUCUGAAUCAUGUCAACUAAUCGUUUGACGCCGCAGCUCAGGGCUUUGACUUAUAUCACCGCGUACCUUCUGCCAAAUGACUCCCCAAAUAUCUCAGAAGGCCCGCCAUGACUUGUACUUGGCUUGCCACUCCCACCAAGCGAACACGUUCACAAUUUGAUACCAUUGCUCUAGCCACAAAGAAUGAGCCACCGACAAAGCGCACAAAACGCAGCGUGUCGCUAGAAGCAUCAAGAUUCACAUCGGAAGGGCCAGUAGGACAUGAGGAAGGUUAUAUCGAUGUUCCUUACGCUGGCCUGAGAGAUGAGAACAAAGGGCGGAAGUGGUCUCGUGGCCACGAGUUUACCGCGCUCAACUUUACCUGCGAUCGGAAGGGUUAUCCACACUGCGCGUUCGGCAGGCGAUAUCUGGAUUCUCAAGGACGCAGUGCAUCUGGAUCCGCGGUUUCAAUUGCUUUGGCCACGAAUAGGGCCCACAUUCGCAACGAGGCCAUUCGCCGUCGCCAAUCCGUCAAUUAUGAUGGUAUUUAUACCGAGGGUUCGAAUCAACCUUCGUCUUUCAACCUUCGCCGCCAAACUGCAUCCCCUCAUCCCUCCACGAAGAUGACACAAACCUACCCUCCAUUCUACAAUGAAACUUACACACAGUACGUGCCUACGAUGGGCGUACCUAUGACGGCGCCUUCGUACUCUACCUCCUCAGUCACAGAUUCGCAGUGGCACACCGAAGUUCAAUCUUGCACAAUGUCCAGCUCUGAGUAUGCUGGACAUUUUGCUUCACCUACUUCGGCGUCGUCUUCCAAUAUGAUGACGCAAUGGCCCUUAGACCUAACGACGAAUGACUUUGAAUCAUGGGACGGCGUACCUCAGAACUCUCCAUCGACGUCCAGCUACUACUCGUUCUCGCCACAAGUGCCUCCAUCACUGUCUCGAGGCUCUUCAAGCUGCUCGUCAUCUUUCCCGGACCCUGCAUAUCUUCCUGAAUCAUAUCAGGUCCAACCUGAUGCUUGUGGUUCGAACUUCCAACAGAUCCCUGCAUAUGAUCCGUAUACAGGGUUCAGCGAUGGCUACAACAACUUCCAUUGUAGCACUGAUCAGAACAAUUCGCAGUUGUCAGGCUCCUUGGGAAUGCUAUCACCUGAGGUGGCAACUUUUUCUUGGUCGCAAAUGGCGUCCCUGGAUGAGCUCCAUCAGUAUCUUUCUUUGUAUGAAAAAGAUCCAGCAGAGGCGCAGAGGUUCGUCCAGACACUACAGCAGCCGGCUUCUCAGAAUGCACUAGGUGCAUUCUCAGAAACUCAUUCAUUACCGCCACUUCCUUCCGUCCAACCAGCACCCAUGCUUCAUGCUCCGCGUCCGCAUCGGCCAUACAUACCUCGAUGGCAGUGCGAUCCAACUAUCGACUUGGACCAAUACAUCACGCCGAAGAACCCAAAUAACACACCCUGUCAAUCUGACUCCGCCCACCACCGCCGGUUGGAUAUUGUUAUGGAGGAAGAGGAAGUUGAUGACCUAACCGAAGAAGACGGGGAAUACGAAGAUGAUCACGGGGACUGCUUUUCUGAGAGUGGCGAUAUGGCGGAAGAUAGUGAUUACUGUGGUUGGCUUGGGUCGGCGUCAGGGAAGGGAUGCGGGACGCUAGAUUCCAGCUCUCUCCUGUUCCAGCCGGUGUCGGAUUCAGUCAAGCUCGCAGCUUGCUCAGCAUAGCUAUUACUUCCUUCCCAUCAUCAUUUCGGUCGUUUGGUCGUCCUUACGUUCACCAUGCGCGAAUAUUUUAUCUCGCUCUUCUUGCCUAUUCGUCAUUUCUCACCUGACUCGAGGCCUAGGCCAUUCCCUCAUUCAUGCAUGCAUUUCAUCUAACUUAUCUGCAAUUCAUCUUUCCUCAUACCUGCAUGUAUAUUACGUGGCACACUCGUUCUGUACUUUCUUGCAAUUUCAACACGUUUCUGGUCUUUGGGC